GGCGGCCCUGCCCCUUCAUCCUUCUCCUUCUCCUCUUCCCAUUCAUCCCUAUCGUCCAUCUCAUCGUCCUCCCUCCCGCCAGCACCUCCACCUCCGCCGCAAAUUAACAAAUUGCCUUCCUUCCAGGAGCAGAGGAAGUCCUACUACUUCAGCCGUGGCCUCAUCACCGACCCUCCGCCGGAUCCCACCGGAGAUCGUCUUCCCGGCGUCGCCGGAGCACACGCCGCCGCUCCGUCUCCUCCACCUCCGGCUGCAUCUGCCGCCCCGUCCCCUCCUCCGACGGCGAAGGCGACCGCGGCCUCACUCUCGACGACGGCUGAGAACGAACGUGAACACGCCGAGGAUGAGGAAUCGGAGGAGGUGGAGAGUGGGGGAGAGUCUGGUGGUGGUGAAGUCGUCGAGGUAUCCGGGGAGGGAUUUCAUGGAGUCGAUGGUGGAGAUGAUAGUGGAGAAUGA